UCCCCUCCCCCCAGCCCCGGGGUAGACUCCACCAUCAGCGCCAUCGCUCGCGCUCACCGUGAGACCUUCCUGUACGCCCAUGACAAGCUGGCCAAUCCCUGCGUGCCACCUCAGCAGCCGCAGAAUAACCACGCCCACCAACACAGCGGAGAGGCGGAGCCCUGGGGACCAAACCGCUGCCCCAACGGUUACCACGCCAACGGCCUCAACACCAUCUAUCACCACCACAACAACAACCUGGGGACGGGGCACUACCCACCGCCAGACAACAGCCGAAACACCAUGCACCACCAUCGCCAUAGCAACGGGAGGCGGAGCCUGCACAACAGCAAUGUGAUUGGAGGAGCCGAGCUCAGCGAUCAUGUGACCCAGGGGCAGAACUGUCCAAUCAAGAACCGCACGGGCAUCGUGCUGGCGUGUCCCAUGAACAUGCAGCCUCACGCCGACCCCUCAAAGACCCCCCAGGAGAUCUGGGAGGACUUCUCUCUGUCCUUCACCCCCGCCGUCAGAGAGGUGGUGGAGUUCGCCAAACACAUCCCAGGAUUCAGCGCUCUGACCCAGAACGACCAGGUCACCCUGCUCAAGGCCGGCACCUUCGAGGUGCUGAUGGUGCGCUUUGCGUCGCUGUUCAACGUGAAGGAGCAGACGGUGACCUUCCUCUCCGGCGCCACCUACAGCCUGGCGGAUCUGCGGGCGAUGGGGAUGAACGAGCUGCUGGGCGCCAUGUUCGACUUCAGCUACAAACUGGCUGCACUGGAGCUGAGCGCGCAGGAGCUGGGGCUGUUCACCGCCGUCGUGCUGGUGUCUGCAGACCGGUCCGGUAUCGAGAACGUGGCGUCGGUGGAGCAGCUGCAGGAGAACCUGAUCAGAGCGCUGCGCUCGCUGGUCAGCAGGCCAGCCGUCGCCCCCGGCGACGACCAUCACAACCUGGACUCGCCGCGCUUCACCAAGCUGCUGCUGAAGCUGCCUGACCUGCGGACGCUCAACAACUUGCACUCCGAGAAGCUGCUGUCCUUCCGCAUCGACGCCUGAUGACCUCACCCAUGACCUCAUCGUUGACCUCAAAGCGCUCAGACUCAGAUCCGCGUCACUUCCUGUGCUGAUGGUAACGGCGACAUCAUAUGGUGCUCUCCUUCGCCGAGACGUCGGCUCGUCACAUCGCCGUCAUCACCUGACGAUGUCAUCGCCGCUAACUCCACCAACGUUGUGAGAUGGUGAUGAUGUCAUCAACAGUUCAUCUGUUCAGCACCCAGCUAACCGCCAAAAUAAGAGUCUGUGAGUUAAAGGGACAGUCCGACAUUUUAAUCUCCGAGUGAAGCACGAGCAGCAGGAAAUACAUCACAACCCGUCAAUCAAUAACCGAUCAACACAAACACGACUGAUUAAAAUACUUCACUGUCGUCAUCAUUAACCCUUUGAAAUCUGGAUCCACACCAGCGUCUCAGUGCUGCAUUCAGACGCCGUUCACAA